GAAAUCAGCUGUUUCAGGAGAUGAACAUGUCUGACACACUUUUACCCAAAGAUAUCUUUUAAUCUGCGGAAAUCUCCUCUUUAACGACCGAAAACGAAGACGGAGGAUGUGGAGCCGUGACAGGAAGCAGCUGGGCUCGUGUCAGUGAGUUUAAACGGAACGACAAGACGUUUUUUCUUCAAACAUGGUGCCACUGAAGAGGAGGAAAGUCAGCUCCUCUGCCUCUGGGGACAAAACUACAACACACAGCGCAGAGAAAACACCUGCGAAGUUCCCGGAGAUGGUUUUAUUCCUGCUGGAGAGGAAGAUGGGAGCCAGUCGAAGAGCUUUUCUGUCUGAUCUGGGACUGAAGAAAGGGUUUCAGGUGGAAUCUGUGUUCAGCGAAAGAGUGACGCACGUCAUUUCUGAGAACAACUCGGGUCAAGAGGUCAGGACGUGGCUGAACUCGCAGGACGAGGGCCGGGCAGCGGCGGCGCCUCGCCUCCUGGACAUCAGCUGGUACACGGAGAGCAUGCGAGCAGGCCGACCUGUGGACGUCCUGGACAGACACCAGCUUCAGGAGCAGCAGGCGGAUGAAGCGGAGGUGGUUUCGUUCUCGUUGCCGAGUUACGCCUGUCAGAGACGAACCACGCUGGAGAACCACAACGCCACCAUCACCGACGCUCUGGGGCUGCUGGCCGAGAACGCGGAGCUGAGUGGGGACGACGGGCGCGGCGUGGCGUUCCGGCGGGCCGCCGCCGUGCUGAAGGCGCUGCCCGCCCCAGUGACCAGCAUGCAGCAGCUCCGAGGCCUGCCGUGUCUGGGGGGCCACUCGCUCCGGGUCAUCAGGGACGUUUUGGAGAACGGCGUCUCGGCUGAAGUGGAAUCCACCAAACAGUCUGAGCGAUACCGAGCUCUGAAGGUUUUGACGGGUAUAUUCGGAGUCGGGACAAAAACAGCGGACAGAUGGAUCCGAGACGGGAUCCACGACCUGCAGCAGCUCCGAGACUCAGGACAAACGCUCAACCGAGCUCAGCAAGCAGGUCUGGAUCACUACGACGACCUCCACCAGCCGGUCACCAGGGCGGACGCCGACACCAUCGGGGACAUCGUGCAGAAAGCCGUCGCGUCUGCGUCGCCGGCGGCUCGGAUUACUCUGACCGGAGGAUUCAGGAGAGGGAAGCCCAGCGGCCAUGAUGUGGAUUUCCUGAUCACACACCCAGAGGAGGGCGAGGAGGUGGGACUGAUGCCCAAAGUCGUGUCCUGGCUGGAGUCACAGGGCUUCCUUCUGUACCAGAAAACCACCCGGAACUCGUACCUGGAGUCAGCAGAGGGUCCCGGCCGGCCGGCCUCCAACAUGGACCGCUUCGAGAGGUGCCUGUCCAUUUUCAGGCUCCCCGGGAGGGACGACGGGGGAGGAGCCCGGCCGGCGGCGAGGCGCUGGAGGGCCGUGAGGGUGGACCUGGUCGUCUCCCCCAUCAGCCAGUUCGCCUUCGCUCUGCUGGGCUGGACGGGAUCCAAGCUGUUUGAGCGGGAGCUGCGGCGCUGGGCCGGGCAGGAGAAGGCCAUGUCCCUGAGCAGCCACGCCCUCUACGACAACCGGCAGAGCAGGUACCUGAGGGCGGCGUCGGAGGAGGAGAUCUUCCGUCUUCUGGGUCUGGAGUUCGUGGCGCCGUCAGAGAGAAACGCGUGAAGAGAGGAGGAAGUGGAUCGGCUCGACCCGACUCUGGAGUUUAACCCGGACUGAAGGAUGGAACCGGUGUCAGCUUUUAGGAAAUCGGAUCAACUUUUAGCACGAUUUGUGUAAAAAAGACCUUUUAACGUGCUCUGAAUGGGAAACUCUGACGUUUCAGUCAACUCUAGUAAAACUCAUUUCGCCCCGCCCACACGGCAUCGCUGCUGGGAAUAUCUGCGUAAAACACGACAUGAACUCACGGCGAUGCAGUACGUCCGCCAGGCCUCUCGGUGGCGCUGUAACAAUACAGAACACGGCGUUUUCAAAUUCACCGGUGUGGUUACAUGAACCGCUGCCGUCGUCGUCUGGACAGAACUUAAUAUUCCUUCAUGCUUUACGCCUUAUUUACACUGUAAAAUGAAUUAAUGCUGAUUAUUUUUGCUCAGAUAACUCUCAUAUCAUAAAAGAUAUUAGAAAAAAGGAGCAAACUGAUUGAAUCCCUCCUCUGCUGGAACAGUGGUGGAGAAAGAUUUAGCUUCCAUUUUAAAGUGAAUAAAUAUAUUUUUAAUAAAGUG